UGAUUUAAAGGUGCAACAAGUAGUAUUAUUUUAGAUUGGUUAUAAAUAUUUUUGUAAACAUCAUGUAAACAUAUUAGAGAGACGACAGAUAUAAAAUAUUACGAAAAAUAUAGAAAUAUGUAUCGCUAUAAGUUGACGUCGAUCUCGAAUUUUCGAUCGGUAAUAUAAUUAAAUUACGCCAGCAGAUUGGAAGCGUCAUUCUGUCUAUCUUUAACCUAAUACUCUCCCACUUAUAUAUAGAAGACAUUUCGCCGAAAAUAAACUUUCUCGAAUGUGUCACGGCGUCUGGAUAGUUCUACAACGCCUAUAUAUAAUAUCAGCGUAAACCCUAAUCUGUCAUUCUGAGCUUGUGAGCCGAAUUGCGAAGUUAUACUUCAAUCAUCUCAGUGAUAAAAUUUGGAGAAAAGUGAAUCACACACUGCUUUACACUUAGAAAUUCGUUCUUCCUAAAUUCUGUUUUACGAAAGAGAUAUUACAUCAUGACAAAAUCAGAUUUGACAGCACAAGAGUGCAAGGAGAAAGGUAAUGAGGAGUUUAACAAAGGCAACUGGUCAGAGGCUUUAGAUUGCUAUACAAAUGCACUGAAAUUAGUAAAAGAAGAUAAUGCUGAGAAAGCGAUAUACUAUAAAAAUCGAGCUGCUGCUUAUUUAAAAUUACAUGAUUAUCAAAACGUAAUCAAGGACUGUGAUAACGCAUUGAAAAUAUGUGCUAAUGAUCCCAAGGCCUUAUUUCGUAGAUGUCAGGCACUUGAAGCAUUGGAGAGAUUUGAGGAAGCAUAUCGAGAUGCGAAAAAUAUUAUUUUAUCUGACCCUAAUAAUAAAGCUAUUCAGCCUAUAGCAGCACGUUUACAUGAAGUUGUACAAGAACGACUUAAGAAAAUGUCACGUGUUACCUCUAAAGUAACACAAAUGCUGGAUCUAGCUUUUGACAUGAGCAUGGAUAAAGAGAAACGUGAAACUGCUAUGAAUAAUCUACUUGUGCUUGCACGUGAGAGGGCUGGUGCAGAAGAAAUUUUUAAACAAGAAGUUAUAUCUAAAAUAAUGAAAUAUAUAAAAGUUGAAAAGAACGAGGAAGUAAUUUGCAAUGCGAUCCGGAUUAUAGCCGAAUUAUGUAAAAAUAAUACUAGUCGAACUGAGUCUAUUGUAAAAGAUAUCGGUUUGCCUUGGUUAUUGGAAAUGACGAACAGUAAACUUGCAGAGAGAGUUAAUGUGUCUCAAUACUGUUUACAGACUAUAUUGAACACUUAUAGUGGUAUGGACAAUAAACCUGAUUCAAGACCUGACAAGACUUUGUGCGAAGCGCAUAAGAAAGAAAUAGAUACAAUUCUAUCAUGCCUAUUAUACAGCAUAACAAAUAGAAGUCUAACAGGUCUUGCGAGAGAUGCAAUAAUAGAACUUAUUAUGCGUAAUAUUCAUUAUACUGCAUUAGACUGGGCCGAACGAUUAGUCGAACUUCGUGGUUUGCAAAGAUUGAUGGAAGUGGCUAGUGAAAUGGAGGAAUACAAAUAUGAAUCCUCGAUGGACGUUACAUCUUCCACACGAACUAUAACCAGUGUAUGCUUGGCUAGAAUAUACGAGAACAUGUAUUAUGACGCUGCUAAAGAUCGAUUUAGAAAUGCUAUUGAAGAAUUUAUUAAAGAUAAAUUACUUACACCUGAUAUAGAAUCCAAGGUUCGCGUAGUAGUUUCAAUAACGACUUUAUUACUGGGUCCAUUAGAUGUUGGAAAUGCAAUUGUGGCUAAAGAAGGAAUUCUGGAAAUGAUCCUCGUUAUGGCAGGGACAGAUGAUAUAUUGCAACAGAAAGUCGCUUGCGAAUGUAUCGUUGCCGUCGCAUCCAAAAAAGACAAAGCCACCGCGAUCAUAAAUCAAGGUGUAAAUAUAUUGAAGAAGCUGUAUCAGUCUAAGGAUGACUCAAUCCGCGUUCGAGCAUUAGUGGGAUUGUGCAAGUUGGGAAGUUCGGGAGGCACAGAUGCGACUAUUAGGCCAUUUGCGGAGGGAUCAACGAAAAAAUUAGCCGAAGCCUGCAGACGAUUCUUGAUCAAUCCCAAGAAGCAGAAGGAUAUGAGGAAAUGGGCUAUAGAAGGUCUAUCGUAUCUUACUUUCGACGCCGAAGUCAAGGAGAUAUUAAUAGAAGAUCAACAAGCCAUUCAAGCUAUGAUCGAAGUUGCUAAUACAGGUGAUCAGUCGGUUCUCUAUGGCGUGAUCACAACAUUGGUGAACUUGUGCAAUGCUUACGACAAACAAGAGCUCAUACCCGAAAUGAUCGAGUUAGCAAAAUUCGCAAAACAACAUAUUCCCGAGGAACACGAAUUAGAUGACGUCGACUUUGUGAAUAAGAGAUUGUGUUUGUUAACCAAGGCUGGUGUAACCAGCGCUCUAGUCAGCCUUGCUAAAACGGACAGCCAGAAUUGCAGGGAGUUGAUAGCGCGUGUUUUUAAUGCAAUAUGCAGUCAACAGGAAGUGAGAGGAAUAAUCGUUCAACAGGGUGCUGCAAAGGCAUUAUUACCUUUAGCAUUGGAUAAUACAGACAAAGGAAAGAAGCAAGCUUCGCAAGCUCUGGCUCGUUUGGGAAUCACGAUAAAUCCUGAGGUCGCGUUUCCCGGUCAGAGAAUAAUGGAGGUCGUACGACCAUUCAUAAAUCUCCUGAAUCCAGAGUGUUCCGCUCUCGAGAACUUCGAAAGUCUAAUGGCUCUGUGCAAUUUAGCUGGUAUCAAUGACAGUGUGCGGAAACGUAUACUGAAGGAGGGAGGAUUCCAGAAGAUCGAGUCCUAUAUGUACGAGGAUCACGACAUGCUGAGACGCGCUUCCACGCAAGUUAUAAAUAAUUUGGUGAUGUGCGAAGACACAAUCCAAUAUUACGAACAGGAAAACGAUAGAGUCAAAUAUCUCGUGAUUCUGUGUGAAGAGGAAGAUCAAGAUACCAGUAUUGCAGCAGCUGGAGCCCUGGCAAUGCUGACAUCAUCUAGCAAAAAGGUUUGCGAGAAGAUCUUUGAUUCGCAAAGUUGGCUGGACUCUCUACGCUUCUUACUCGCUAAUCCAAAUUGCGAUAUACAACAUAGGGGUGUCAUAAUUGUGCUCAACAUGAUACAAAGCACGAAAGACGUUGCUGCGAAACUUAUCGAAACAGAUGUAAUGGAAAUACUGAUGGCACUAAGUAAAAAUGAUAACGUGCAAAAUGACAAAAUUAGAACAUUGGCAUCCACUGCUUUGGAUGCUGCUGCUGAAUGGAAAUUGAUCAAGAAAAAUGUUGAAGAGAAUGAACCGUCAGAAAGUACUAGUAAUAUUGAACAUAUUGAUUGAACAAAUCAUAUAUGAACGUGUUGACAUUAAUUCGAAUCUAAAUGUCGUAUAUGCUUAGUCAAGUCAAGUGAAGAUUUGUGUUUAUUGUUGAAGAUGAUUUAUAAUAUAUGUAAAGAUUUUACAAAUUUUUAUUUGCUCAUAGGAUAAAGAGUAUUAAAAGAAGAUGUUAACAAAUUUAACAUCAAAAUAAAACUGGUGCCUAAUAAAAAAUUAAUUAUGUGAGUUAUACAAUAUGAAAGAGAAUUACUGUAUAUAUAUAAAAUACAUAUUAAAAACUGUGUAUCAAA